GUGGACUGGCUGAGGAAGGGGCUAGUGGCUGUCGCUGCGGACCGAGCGCGUAGCGGCUUCACGGGGUCGCGUGUGCCGGCCAGCCAGCGCGGCGGCGGAGGCGACUGUGAGCAGUGUUUGGCAUAGCGUCCGGGACAGUCACCAUGGCCCCGCAGAACCUGGGCACCUUCUGCCUGUUGCUGCUGUACCUCAUCGGGGCCGUGAUCGCCGGGCGAGAUUUCUAUAAGAUCUUGGGGGUGCCUCGAAGUGCCUCUAUAAAGGAUAUUAAGAAAGCCUAUAGGAAACUAGCCCUGCAGCUUCAUCCGGAUCGGAACCCUGAUGAUCCACGAGCUCAGGAGAAAUUCCAGGACCUGGGUGCUGCUUAUGAGGUUCUAUCAGAUAGUGAGAAACGGAAACAAUACGAUGCGUAUGGUGAGGAGGGGCUGAAAGAAGGACAUCAGAGCUCCCAUGGAGACAUUUUUUCACACUUCUUUGGCGAUUUCGGCUUCAUGUUUGGAGGAACCCCCCGCCAGCAAGACAGGAAUAUUCCGAGAGGAAGUGAUAUUAUUGUAGCACUAGAAGUCACUUUGGAAGAAGUGUAUGCAGGAAAUUUUGUGGAAGUAGUUCGAAACAAACCCGUGGCAAGACAGGCGCCUGGCAAACGGAAAUGCAACUGCCGCCAAGAGAUGCGGACCACCCAGCUAGGCCCCGGGCGCUUCCAGAUGACCCAGGAAGUGGUCUGCGAUGAGUGCCCGAACGUCAAACUAGUGAAUGAAGAACGGACCCUGGAGGUGGAAAUAGAACCUGGGGUGAGAGAUGGCAUGGAGUACCCCUUUAUUGGAGAAGGCGAGCCGCACGUGGAUGGGGAACCAGGAGACUUGCGGUUCCGAAUCCGAGUGGUCAAGCACCCAAUAUUUGAAAGGAGAGGAGAUGAUUUAUACACAAACGUGACCAUCUCACUAGUUGAGUCACUGGUUGGCUUUGAAAUGGAUAUUACUCACUUAGAUGGUCACAAGGUACAUAUUUCCCGGGAUAAGAUCACCAGGCCAGGAGCCAAGCUUUGGAAGAAAGGGGAAGGGCUCCCCAACUUUGACAACAACAACAUCAAAGGCUCUUUAAUAAUCACUUUUGAUGUGGAUUUUCCAAAAGAACAGUUAUCAGAGGAAGCAAGAGAAGGUAUCAAACAACUACUUAAACAAGGAUCAGUGCAGAAGGUGUACAAUGGUCUGCAAGGGUAUUAAGAGCCAAUAAAAUUGGACUUUGUUGAAAUAAGUGGAUCGGCGAUAUUUAUUAUCUGCAAGAUGUUUUUUUGUGUGCGGUUUUUGUUUCAUUUUCAGGAUGCAAAGUUUGGCUUAAUUUUUUUUUCUAAUGAUCGUCAUGAGAUGAAUAGAAGAGGGUUUAGGAAUUUGUUCAUUUGCGUUCAGAAAGAACGGCUUCAUAAUACCUCUCCCCUUGGGGCUGACACGUCUGGUGCUGCUGCCGGAGUUUCAAGAAUUAAAGCCACAAAAGGACUCCAGGAGCCCAAGAAACACAGCAGAGGAGGGUGGAAGUUCAUUGUAAAGUGUCUCAUUCAAAAUGCCAACUGGAGAAACCGGUUUUUAAAUACAUUUUGUUGUGACUUUA